AAGAUGUCGACAAAUACAACAGUUUAUACUGGUUUCUGGACUAACUGGUCCAAAGGAGCAGUGACUGGAUCGACUCUUACACUUUCUAAUCGAAAUGGAGCUGUACUUAUUGCCGCUUUGGCUAUAUUCUUGCAAUUUGCCGGCAUAGGCUCAUGGAGUAUCAUGUGCUUUGUGGCUCACCAGAUGAGGACAACAACCGAAGCAAGAGAUGGCUUACAUCACCAGCAACAAGCAGUGUUGCGCAACGCAACAUCUGAUUUCGGUACAUUAUGGCAAUUCACAAGAAUAGGGUGGGCUUGGCGUUCUCGUUCGUCGUCCUUUCGGCGAUCACUUACGCCCGUUCUCAUUGGAGCCUUGCACGUGAUAGCUUUUGGUGCUGCUUCUAUUCUUUCUUCACAUAUCACGACUGUUGGAGAUCAAGUACUGGUAGCUCAAAGUCCACUAUGUGGUGAUUGGAAGGUUGCAACUGCUGGUACUACUCUCAACUCGACAACGGGCAGAGAAGAGACUGCAUACGACAGCUAUCUCAGGAUGACUAUGGCUGCUAGUCAAGAAUAUGUUCAAACUUGCUUGUCAGGUUCAGAACUGCCUGAGUGUAACACGUUCAAACAACGACAAUUAUACUGGACGUCGGCAAACAUUUCAUGUCCUUUUGAUAAUUUGUGUCUUGGUGCAGAGAACGGCUCUUUCUACAUGGAUACUGGUGUGCUUGACUCGAGAGACGAUUUCGGUAUCAAUGGUCGAGAUAAAGAGCGAAUUCAAUUCAGGAAAAACACAACUUGUGUUCCAAUCAAGUCGGAUGGCUAUAUGGUAGAGGGUAACAGCUCCAUAGACUUUGAUGGGUAUUUCUCUUCGGGAUCCAGUGGAACCGCAGCUUUCAAUUAUACCGCAGCAUUCUAUGGACCAAUGAAUCCUGAACAAUUUGCAGAUUCUGGAAUUGAGGAUUCCUCGAUUUCGAAUGCCACUUAUAUCUAUACUAACUUCAGAGAGAUGGCUACCCCAAUGUGGAACAACGGGAAGUCGCCAUAUGAUGUUCAUGUCGAAACAUCGAUCCAAGGCUUCUUUACACCUCUGCCAGAAUUCAAAUCGUCCAAUCAGACACUGUCAUUGAUAUUUGCGUCGAUCGGGGGAUUCUACCAAGAAGUCUCUGAUGAUCUUUGGCUUUCGGCACACAAGAACUACACAAUCCAGGACGACGAAGCAAGUGGGGGUAGCUACGAGGAGGAGAUCUUCUAUCCUGACAGAAAGCUAUCCGCUCUAGCUUGUGUGGAGCAAGUUCAAAUAUGUAACCCUUCUCCGCAAUUCAACAAUAGGUCCCGAUGUACGCCCUGGCUGCCAAGCGAUGUUUUGGAAUCUAGUAAAGAAAUCUUAGCCGAAGUAUUAGAUACGGAACGUCAGAAAGCACUGGCUUACACCAUGAGGGUCGCAUCAGAGACCUCCAUGAUAUUUUAUGUCAUCGAUAGUUUGUCUUCGCCCCUGUUAGCUGAUGAGUUAGCCUAUGCUGGCCAGUUGCUGCCACCUGCUCCGAAUCAAUGGGUUCUGGAAGCCAGUAACUGGUUUACUAUCAGCCUUGCAAAUACACAGCGCUUCUUUAAUGAGUAUGUGACCGGUCCUCCCCAGGAAUUUGCCCAAUAUAAAGACCAAGACACAGCCAGAAACUAUCCAAGUAUAGGUUGGGUCUGCCAAAACUUGAUCAUCCGACGCAAUGAUUUUACCAACUUCAGCACCUUGGCAAUCAGUUUGGUAUUCGGCCUUGGUCUACUGGUCAUGGCGACGAGCAUGUGUCUAGAGACACUCGUGGGUUUGUUUCGCAUAAGGCUGAAGAAGUCGAAGUGGAAGCAGAGAGCUUGGUGGGCAGAGGGUACUCUACAAUUGCAACGAAGAGCAUUUGAAGCACUUGGGGUGCGAGAUUGGGAGUCAGGCGACUGGGACAGUAUUCCACUUUCAGACAGAGGUCAUACUUGGAACGCCUUCCAGUACUGGGAUGAGAUUCGUCCACUGGUUAAAACACCAGAGAAAAGUCCCGGAGAGCUAGAAAGCCAGGCUAGCCCAUCGGUGCAUGAUGGUUCGCAGCAGACUCACAGUAUGGUGAUGAAAUUGCCUUUGGUAGCAGAGAAGGAGAUGAAGAAAGAUGUGCAAAGAAUACGCUCCAAAUCUUUUUGA